AUGUUUCUCACCAGUUUAGUCUAUGCCAUUGGCACUAUUUCGGCUGUCCAUGCCCUUCCUAAGACCGUCCGGUCACCCUACUCCGUGAAGGAGAGGCACAAUGUGCCGCGAGAAUGGACCAAGAUUAGCCAUACCGACAAGUCGCAGACCAUCCACCUGGCCAUCGGCUUGAAGCAGCAAAAUGAGGGCGUGGUAGAGGAGCACCUUCUCCAGGUGUCAGAUCCGAGCCACCACCGCUAUGGCAAGCACUUGACUGCUGCCGAGAUUCAAGACAUCGUCCGGCCUUCACAAGAAUCGCAAGAUCUUGUCAAGAGCUGGCUCGAGGAACAUGGCAUUUCUGGCUUCCACAACCCAGCAAACGACUUCAUCCAUGUUGUGAUUCCAGUCGAAAAGGCAGAGGCUUUGCUUGACACCACAUACUCCAAGUUUCAGCAUAAGGAUGGUACUGUGCUCGACCGCGCUCCAGAAUGGAGCCUUCCACUCCACCUUCACGACCACAUCGACGUUGUGCAGCCUACGACCUCAUUCUUCCGCACGAAGCGAUCUGCAACCAAAGGCCCAGGACGUUACGGAGCACCUCCAGGCUAUGGUCAUGGUGGUAAUGGUGGGAACAUUGGAUCUGGAAACGGUGCUGGGCCAAUCUCACAAAUUUGCAAUAUUUCCUUCACCACACCAGACUGCAUCAGAACUCUCUACGGCACCUACGACUAUAAGCCUCAAGUUCCAGGGAAGAACAAGAUCGGCCACACGAACUAUCUGAACGAGAGCAGCUACCGACCCGACAUCCGCAAAGCACUCCAGGCCUACAGACCUGAGGCUGUAGAGGCUGCGGACACCUUUACGGUCAUUAACAUUGCCGGCGCACGCGAGCAAACGGGCCCGUACACUGCCGAAGAGCUCGCCGAUGGUGCAAAUAUCGAAGCAGUUCUGGACAGCGAGAACAUCCUUACCGUUGCAUGGCCAACACCGUUGAUUGUCUUCUCGACCGGUGGAAGCCCGCCAUUCAUCCCAGAUAUCCAGACUCCCACUAAUACCAACGAGCCAUACCUAGUCUGGCUGGACUACGUCCUCAACCAGCAGGACCUCCCACAGGUCAUUAGCACUUCAUACGGCGACGAUGAGCAGACAGUGCCUGAGUCUUACGCCAAGCGCGUCUGUGCCGGCAUGGCACAGCUAGGCGCUCGCGGUAUCUCUAUUCUAUUCUCUUCUGGCGACGCCGGUGUUGGUGCUGAUGGCACUUGCUACUCGAACGAUGGCAAGAACACUUCCAUGUUCUUACCUGCAUUCCCUGCCGGAUGCCCAUGGGUAACUGCUGUCGGUGGAACCGAGAACUUCGCACCUGAAGUUGCCGUCAAUAGAUUUGCCUCGGGUGCUGGUUUCAGCAACUACUUCCCGGCACCCAAAUACGGACAGAGCACAUGGAACGCCUACGUAAAGGGCUUGAAUGGUCUUCACGAUGGCCUCUACAACAAGGAAGGACGUGCAUACCCAGACGUCGCAGCUCAAGGUAACCACGAUGCCAUUGCCUGGAACAACACUCUCAGAACAGUUGGUGGCACUUCAGCGUCCAGCCCAACCUUCGCUGCUGUCAUUUCUCUCGUCAAUGAUGCUCUUCUUGCAAAGGGCAAGGCACCCCUCGGUUUCCUCAACCCAUGGAUCUACAGUGGAGGAUACAAGGCUCUCACUGAUGUGACCAACGGCACCAGCUACGGCUGUAACACCACCGGUUUUCCCGCUAAGGCUGGCUGGGACGCCGUCACUGGCUUCGGUACUCCUAACUUCCCUAAGCUCGUUGAGGCUGCGUUUGAGGAGUAUGGUAGUAAGCCAUACUAAUCACUGGAUACCGGCUCAAAGCCAAUGACCUAUUACGAGUAAUGUCUGUAUUUAUAUAGCGGCACGCAGAAAGUCUAAUCAAGCCUGAUACGAACCAU